UGGGGAGAGAAGGGUGUUGCAGGUUGCAAAACAAUCAAUCCUCUCAAAUACGCCGUCGUAUUACAGUGCUAAAUCCUGAUGAAAACGACAGCGCUUCUGUCUCAUUCGCUUUCUGCCUAGUAAAUAAUCCCCUCUCUCUCUUUCUCUCUCGCUCAAAGCUCAUCAUCCUCAUUUUUCCCAUUCUCUUUAAAAAAUAAAAAAUAAAAGAUAAAUAAAAAUAAUAGCCCUUGCCCUUAAUUUGAUCCUGAAAUAUUUAAACCUGGUUUGUCUCCGAGUCAUACAAAAACCUCUUUCAGGAAUUGUAUUUUUAGGUAGCGAGUCGAAAACCACUUCUGGAGGGGGUUGCUGAGGGUUCUGACCGAGUCCACGCCUUGUCAGCAGCCCGAGUCCGCGGAGUGACGACGGAUCUACGGAACUGAGUCAUCGAUCUGUAUUGGUUGCCGAUUAGAAUCUGAAAAAAAAAAACUUUUUGUUUAUUUGUUUUUUUUUUUAUUUCUUUUCCCUGGUGGAGUCCGUCUAAUGUGAACCGAGUUUGGUUAGGACAAAAUCGGAAUUCGAUUAGGAUGGAUCGAUCAGCGAUAACGGUCGGGCCGGCCGUGGAUAUGCCGAUUUUGCACGACAGUGACCGGUACGAUUUCGUCCGAGAUAUCGGGUCGGGUAAUUUCGGAGUGGCGAGGCUGAUGAGGGAUAAGCAUACCAAGGAACUUGUUGCUGUCAAGUACAUCGAGCGUGGAGAUAAGAUUGAUGAAAAUGUUCAAAGAGAAAUCAUUAAUCAUAGGUCCUUGAGGCAUCCCAACAUUGUUCGGUUUAAAGAGGUUAUUUUGACACCUACCCAUUUGGCUAUUGUAAUGGAAUAUGCUUCUGGAGGAGAACUUUUUGAGCGGAUAUGCAAUGCAGGGCGCUUCAGUGAGAAUGAGGCUCGCUUCUUUUUUCAACAGCUUAUAUCUGGAGUUAGCUACUGCCAUGCAAUGCAAGUAUGCCACCGGGACUUGAAGUUGGAAAAUACUUUGUUGGAUGGAAGUCCAGCUCCUCGGUUGAAGAUAUGUGACUUUGGGUACUCAAAGUCCUCAGUUCUUCAUUCUCAACCGAAAUCAACAGUAGGAACACCUGCAUACAUUGCUCCAGAAGUAUUAAUGAGGCAAGAGUACGAUGGCAAGAUUGCAGAUGUAUGGUCGUGUGGGGUAACCUUGUAUGUGAUGCUGGUGGGAGCAUAUCCUUUUGAGGAUCCUGAUGAACCAAAGGAUUUCAGGAAGACCAUACAAAGAAUUCUCAGUGUCCAGUAUUCAAUCCCAGACUCUAUUCAGAUAUCUCAAGAAUGUCAUAAUCUGAUAUCAAGAAUUUUUGUUGCAGAUCCUGCUGCGAGAAUAACCAUUCCUGAGAUAAGGAACCAUCAGUGGUUUCUGAUGAAUCUGCCUGCUGAUUUAAUGGAUGAGAGUACGAUGGGCAACCACUUCGAAGAGUCUGAUCAACCAAUGCAGAGCAUUGAUACAAUCAUGCAGAUAAUUGCUGAGGCCACAAUACCAGCAGUGUCCCAUGGCCUUAACCAGUUCAUGACAGACAACCUGGACAUGGAUGAUGACAUGGACGACUUAGAUUCUGAUUCGGAGCUAGAUGUUGACAGCAGUGGGGAGAUAGUCUAUGCCAUAUGAUGCAAAUUGUGGCUGGUAGUUUGAAAGGACAGCUUCCAGGACGAGAAUGUUUCUCCUUAUGGUUGUGUGAAGAACUAGCAAAAAGAGAAUGUAUGAUAGUGCCCAAUAGGUUAGCAUAGGUAAUACACAAGGAAUGGAAUUGUGCUACCAACAUAUGGUCCUUGAAGUUCAAUGUUCAUAGCAUGCUGUUUUAAUAUGUGAAGAGGAAUUUGGUUUUUAACGUUUUAUCAUGGGUAGUCGGUGGAGGGAAUACUAGAAGUCACUGACAGUCCAACCACCACUUCGUCCCUUUCUGUUGAACUUCUGUUUAUUGGUCACUUCUGCAUUGGAUCUGCAACCUUUUUGUUUUUUGUGUUAUUAUUAUUAUAUUGUUUUUUCUCUUAUUACACCAAAAAGUUGUGUUUGUAUACUUUGUACAACAGUUCCGAAACAUAGUUUUUAUAUGAAUUCGGUAGUUUAGUGUUUA